UAAUUAUAUAAUAAUUAUAAAUGUAAUAAUUAUAUUGCAUAAAUAUAGCGUAAAUAAUCAAACAUUAGUAUUGUGAUCAAAUUCGGCUCUCGAAGAAAAUGAAAAAAAUGUGAAAAAUUUGCAGAGAAUCCUCUGCUGAAGAAUAAAUCACAGAAAAUUCUGAAUUAUUUUACCAGCGAAGAUGACUUCUUCAUUUCUUUCAUGGAAGUUUGGAAAUUUCAAAAGCCCCUUUCAAAGCAAAUAUUAUAAAACUAAUUUAGGUACAAAUGACAAAUAAAUAAAUAAAUUUCUUCACAUUUAAAAAAAAAGCGAGCUGUCAAGAGAAGAAAAACGAUUCGAUACAGCAAAUUAUUUUACGAGCGAAGAUGACUUCUUCAUUUCUUUCCUGGAAGUUUGGAAAUUUCAGGAACCCCUUUUGAAGCAAAAAAUCUAUAAAACUAAUUUAGGUACAAAUGACAAAUAAGUAAAUAAAUUUCUUCACAUUUAAAAAAAAAGAGCGAGCUGUCAAGAGAAGAAAAAAGAUUCGAUACAGCAAAUUAUUUUACGAGCGAAGAUGACUUCUUCAUUUCUUUCCUGGAAGUUUGGAAAUUUCAGAAGCCCCUUUCGAGCAAAAAAUCUAUAAAACUAAUUUAGGUACAAAUGACAAAUAAAUAAAUAAAUUUCUUCACAUUAAAAAAAAAGCGAGCUGUCAAGAGAAGAAAAAAAGAUUCGAUACAGCGAUUGAGUCAUCGUUAAAUUGCUUUGCUGAUUGAUUCAUUGUUAAAUUGCUUCACUGACAGAUUGAUGACAAUCGAACUUCCUCUGCAUGAUUGAUUUCGGUCCCGAGCAAAAGCAAAAGUGUCUCGUGAAGAGUGAAGCUGCAUCGGGAAGAGUGAAGCGUCGCGUCGUCGGCCUGAAGAGGUGCAAAAACGAACGAAAGUGUGCCGAGGUGGUUCUGUAUCGAACUUAUUCUAGGGGGGAGGCUAGAAUUCUUCGAAACAUCACACACCAAGUGCGUUUCGUCGCCACUCAUAGUGGGGGCAGCAACAUAAGUACAAGACGGCCUUAAGAAAAGCUUUCAUUCUGAUAGCGGAAGAUCGCGCAAGAAUCCGCGGAACCAGGUGAAUUUGUGCGCUCGAGCGUCGUCAGCUGUUCGGGAAGAAAAAAGUGCACAAGACUGAAAAAUAUCUUCCUGCUCUGGGGAAAAUCUCGGACGUUCUCGGAUGCAUUUUGGAAGAAGAGAUACGCUCACGAGGGAAAAGAAGAGACAUCUCCACUUGUCUGCGAGAUUCGGAUAACGCGAUACUAUACGACGAUGGUACUGGUCUUGUUGAUACCUAUAAUCGGAUUUGCAACGGCGAAUCCUUUUCAAGAUACCUUGGACGAUCGAUUGGCCCUUCAGGUCCAAAAAAUGCUGUUGCAGCCUCCUACGGAGAGUCCGGGUAAAGCGGAUAAAAUGGUGGAGAAUCUAAAUAAAACGCUGUCGAGCCUGAAGCGUGCGACGAGUCGUCUCAAAGAUUCCGAGACACGCGACAACGAGGCCAAUGAAAAGUUAGUGACGCAAGGAGGCACGAGGAAGCACAAGGCUCUACUUUUGGACUAUCCUUUAGUGUCGCGGGUCUCAUCCCACUAUCCGAGAAUACCAUCCCCGUUCGAAGUGGACUAUAACGACGAUUCAGAGGUCGCGAGGCAGGACCGACUGUCGAAGGAGUUUCAGAAGAGGUACCAGGAGAGCAACAUCUUCUACAUCCGACUCCCACCCACUCCGUACACGUUUGUGCCCGGUUUUGGCUACAUCUCGCAACCACCCACGUAUUCCACCGCGGCCUUAAAGCCCCAAUUACCUCUCGUAACCCAAUUGCUUCAGCUACCCUACGUAAGACCCGCAACUCGGCCUCAACCGACCUCUCAGCAGACCCUCAAUCCCUUCAUCAAGGUGCCCGUGGACUUCGUGAGCAACGGCAAGCCUACUUCGGUCUACCAGUGGCAGAAGAAGCCUAACCAGAGACCAGCUGACAGCCCCAUUACGAACUUGGACACUCUGUCAGCUGAUUUUGUGACUAACGGCAAACCCACGUCGAUUUAUCGGUGGCCGGCGAAUCACAAAUUGCCCAAGAGGCCGGAUGAUGCGCUUAACAGCCUCGAUAUGGAUCCUUAUACCUUCAAUGGCAAAUUGACGAGUUUGUACCUACUUGGGCCGGACGGAUCCACCUCGAUGCACCAGUCAAUCCGAUAUCCCGAUUAUCAGGACGGGUAUUAUUGAAUUCGUAUAUCUGGUCACGUCUAAUGAUAUAUUUAAUUUAAACACACGCGUGAUAAAUAAUUGGACUAUGAAUUUGAGUGAAUUUUUAUAUAGUUAUUUGUCAAGCUUGAAUCGAUCUGAUGAAACCAAUUUUAUCUAUGAUAAAAUUAUGCUGAAUGAAGUUCUGUGUUGCCUAUAAUUAAC